CACGCCAAGAAACUUGACAGCCACAUCUAGCUGACCUCCAUCCAUCCUCCAAGUUGACCUUGACAUCGCAGGCACCUGGACUUGACCUACCAAAACAACAUCUCACACUCAAGCGGUGGUCAAUCAUGGCUGGACCAACACCUCUCCGCCAUGAUCCCGCUCUCGAGAAAUAUAACCAAUUAAACAAAGAGCGAUGGAGAUACUUCCGCUGGACGCCGCGCACGGCUUUCAUUUCCUUCAUGUACGCCAUAUUCGUGCCUUCGGUUGUUGGAUACGCAUUUGCGAAGACAGAUGGCAAAUGGGAUUUGCGCGCGAAGCUCCGAGGUGAUACGAUCAGCGAGUUCUAAAUCUUGUUAAGAAGAGCUUGGUGGCACCUCAAGGGAAACCCAAGAAGAAGAGGAAGGGAAAAAAGCGAAAUUGUACAUAUGCGUCUCUGUGACUAGAGAUACCAUUCGAUCAGCUGCGACAUGGAUGUUCUAUGGACCUGAGAACCCGGGCAAAGGGGCAAUGAUACAAACCUACGACACGUUUUUGUACGGGUUUAUGACCCCCUUUGGUCUCGAACCUAACCUCCAACGAGAUUCCACUCGUCGUGCGAGCACAGUUUUCCGCGCAGUCGUUCACUGUUCAUAACCAUCCGCAAACAAGGUUCGACAUAGCAUGGAUAACCCCAGGUGCCCUCCCUCAGUCUGGUCUUGGUAACCUCCUAAUCUCUUGAGGCAAGUCGCCGGUACAAUUGGUCUCCAACUCGGCCCCCUUGGUGUCGUGUAUUGGCGCUUGCACAACAACGACUACACGGCCUGACUUGAGGUAUCCGUAAAGGCCUUGUGGAAGUUGGAGCUUCUCCGCCGCAAAAUUACGGUGUGUAAUCAAUUGAGCUAGUUGUCGGCUACAGUUGAAUCCUCAUGAAACCGAGGUAAGGAAUCUUGUGAUUCCUGUCUGAAAGGAAAGAUGCAGG